AUGGAGGAAAAACAAAGGAAGAAACAUAUUAGAGAACCACCUUCAGUUCCUUUCAUAUGGGAAACAAAACCAGGCAUUCCUAUAAAAGAUUGGAAACCAAUGGUCUCAUCAGUUUCUCAGUUACCAAAAUCUCCACUCAAACAAAUUGCAUCAGUUCCUUUUGUUUGGGAGGAGAAGCCAGGAACACCACUCCCUAGUUUCUCACAUGUUGAUGCUCAACAUGAAAGCAUAACUAGCUUGGACUUUCAAGCGUUUAGUUUUGAUGCAGAUGAAUGUUUUAAACUCUCUGCGGAUAUUAUUCCGAGGCGACAAAGUUCGUUUUCGAAGAAUGCUUGUGACUUGCGCUGUACUCCAUCUUGUCCUGUCUCUCCAGCUUCAUCGGAGACGGAUGGUAGUUUAAGUAGUUAUGCUACUGGUGUGUCGAGUUUAACUGGUUCGGCUUUUUUGGAAUGUCUUUUUCCUUUGUUUCCACCAAAGUCUGGUUUUCUUGAGAAGAAUGUCGGUUAUACUGAAAAGGGAAGUUCAAGUUUGGUGGAACAAAGAGGUAAAGAUUUUGAGGAUGAAGAUUAUAUGUGUGAUGUGUCGAGCAAGCAACCGACACUUGGAGAGCUUAUUAUGAUGAGCAGGAGAAGAAGCUGUAGAAGAAAAGCAACUCAAAUGAACAAAUGGGAUCCUCCAAAGAAAAUCACAAGAAAACAAGUUUUUGGGUGCUUCUCCAUUCUAACCAGCAACAGUAUGAUUGAAGGAUUGUUCAAGAGAAAGUACUACCCUCGGCUGAAACUAGUCUAA